ACUUGCAGAUGGAAGAUAUUUUUAAUUUUGACAAGAGUAUAAAAGUGUUGAGUUGAUCGGCUGGUUUAGUCGCAAAUAACGCUAGUCAGAAACAACUGUAUGAUUAAAAAUAUAAACAUGACAGAUUCACAAAGUAAGCCACUUUUGUCAACAUCAACAUACAGUGUUCUUCAUAAUGAUAAAAUUGGAAGAUACAUGGUGGCAAGUAAAGACCUAGAAGCGGGUGAAGAAAUUCUGUACGAAAUGCCAUUUGUGGUAGGACCCAAAGCAUCGACAUACCCACUCUGUUUGUCUUGCUUUUCUUCCUGGCCACAAACUCCAGAGCAGACAUUGUGUUCAAGAUGCAGCUGGCCGGUCUGCAACGAGAAUUGUGCUAACGCUUCAAUCCACAAGGAUUACGAGUGUCCAAUUUUUGCAGCAGUUGGUGAGAAAUUCAACGUUUCCGCUGCUUUGGAAGAAUCCAAUGUCACCAACGUGCCCCAGCUUGAGUGUAUAACCCCGCUGAGACUUCUUCUGGCCAUGGAAAAAUUCCCCGAGAGGUGGGAGAAAGAAGUUAAGAUAAUGGAGGCUCACAACAAAAAUCGCUCAGAUAAGAAGCAAUGGAAAACUGACAAUGUCAACAUCGUUGGCUAUCUGAGAGACAGGUUGAAACUUGACAGGUUCUCUGAAGAAACUAUUCAAACAGCCUGUGGAAUUUUGGAAAUAAAUUCUCAUGAAGUUAAAACUCCCAUGGGAUUCAGUGCUCGUGCUUUGUAUCCAACAGUUUCUAUCAUGAGUCAUUCUUGUAUUUCAAAUACUAGUCACAGUGUUUGUUCCAAUGACUUUAAAGUAAUUUUACGGACUACCGUAAAAGUUCCCAAAGGCAAAGAACUGUAUGGAAGUUAUACACAUUCUCUGUUACCAACAUUGAUGAGAAGAGAAAAUUUGUUGGAAGGAAAACAUUUUUCUUGUGCUUGCGCAAGAUGUUCAGAUCCAACAGAAAUGGGAACGCAUUUAUCAUCUUUGAAGUGUAAUAAAUGUGACAAUGGAGUUGUACUUCCUCUAGAUUCUUUAGACGCAGAAAGCAGUUGGAAAUGCACUCAUUGCGAGUUCUCAACGUCCGGAGCAGCUGUAAAAAAAGUAUUCGACGUGAUAAACGCCGAGGUAGAAGCCGCGGAGUCCUACAACGCUCUAGACGGCGCAGAUGCAGUGCACAUCCGCGAGAAUAUAAUGAAGAAAUACCACUCUGUUCUCCAUCCUAGACACGCGUUUCUUUCAAUUCUCAGAAUGUCCUUAUCGCAGCUUUAUGGCCGAGUCGACGAGUACAAUCUCGACGAUUUGCCGGACAUCGUUCUUGAGCACAAAAUAGACAUCUGUCGAAUGCUACUCCAGGUCUUGGAUGUCAUUGAGCCAGGGUACACCAGAGCAAGAGCAUUGACACUCUAUGAGCUUCACGCGCCAUUACUCUUCAUCGCAAAGUCUCAAUGGAACGCCGGAACUAUCGAUGACGCGGCUUUGAAGUCCAAGAUGACCGAAGCUGCUAGUGUUCUCAAAGAUGCGGUCACUAUUUUGAGUUUGGAGCCUUCUGUUACCAUUGAAGGACAGCUUGCCAACGUCACUAAAGAAUCAUUAGCGCAGCUAGAAGAGUCGAUUAAUAAUCUUUAAUAUUUAUUUAUAAAUAUUGUAUUUUUAUUUUAUAGUAUACGAGAAUUUUAUAUAU